GAAUGCGAGGAGCAGCACGGGUAAAUUAUUGAUUGGGACGGUCCUGCUAUAAAAAGGAGACGCCGCCUGGGUUCUGCUCCUUGUCUUCAAAACGCCAAGAUGAGCUACGGAUCCGACAUCUACUCUGCCUCUUCCUACCGGAAGAUCUUCGGAGACUCUACCCUCUACUCAGCCUCUCCAUCCCGGCUGAGCAGCUCCCGAAGCGGGUUUAAGUCCGCGACCCGCACCAGCAUCCCCAGCACCUACAAGCGCACCACCCGAUCUGCCUUUCCAUCUUCAUCCUUGACUCUGGAAAGCUUCGACUUCACCCAGAGCACAGCACUUAAUAAUGAGUUCAAAAUCACCCGUACCAAUGAGAAGGAGCAGAUGCAAGGACUCAAUGACCGUUUCGCGAUGUUCAUCGAGAAAGUUCGCAAUUUGGAGCAGCACAACAAGGUGUUGGAAGCCGAACUCGUGACCCUGCGCCAGCGCCAGACAGAACCGUCCCGUCUGGCCGAACUUUACCAGCAGGAGAUCCGAGAGCUGCGCUCCCAACUCGAGGAACUUAACGCGGAGAAGAACCAGAUGAUGUUCGAGCGCGACAACAUGGAGGAGGGCCUUCAGAAACUCCAGGAGAAGUUCGAGGAGGAGAUGAGAAUGCGCGAGGAGGCUGAGCAAACGCUUAGAGCUUUCAAGAAGGACGUGGACAACGCCACCAUGGUGCGCCUAGACCUGGAGAAAAAGGUCGAAUCUCUUCUGGACGAGAUCAACUUUAUAAGAAAUGUGCACGAGGAGGAGGUAACUGAACUCAUGAACAUGAUCCAGGCUUCCCAGGUGUCAGUGGAGAUGGAAGUGGCCAAACCCGAUCUCACCUCCGCACUCAAGGAGAUUCGCGGCCAGUACGAGGUUAUGGCGAAUAAGAACUUGCAGUCCGCUGAAGAGUGGUAUAAGACCAAGUUCGCCGAUCUUAGCGAACAGGCCAACAAGAGCAACGAGGUCAUUCGCGCUAGCAGGGAAGAGCUCAACGAGUUCAGGAGGCAGCUGCAGUCCAAGACCAUCGAGAUCGAAAGCCUAAAGGGCACCAAUGAAUCGCUGGAAAGGCAGAUUCAUGAGAUGGAGGACAGGCUCAACGCUGAGGUCAUGGGCUACCAGGAUACAGUUGGGCAGUUGGAGAACCAUAAAUCCACCACACCCUUCCUCACCACCUUUUCUUUGUUCACCUUCUCAUUUAUUAUCAAUCUCAGGAAACUGUUGGAAGGGGAGGAGACACGUAUCAGCACUGGGAUCACCUACCCCACCCCUGCCUCAGUGUCCAGCUACAGCUACCUGUCCCGUAUGUACAGCAGCACUAGCGCUAGUGGAAAGAAGGAGGUCAAGGAUGAUGACGACAAACAUCAGCAGAGCAGCAAACCCGGCAAAGGCUCCUCCCAGUCUGACGACUCCAAGACGAGUGACAAAAUCAACUCUGGAGAUGUGAACCCCACCAACCAGAAAAACUAAAUGUCUCAACCCUCUUUCUUUCUUCCUCUCCUCCCUCCCUCUGCCUUCUCCAUUACCCUCUUCUUCCUUUUCCCAAGCAAUUCCCCUCCACAAAGGGGGUCUCAGAGAGAAAUCUAGCGAAUUUCAACUUAUUCUCCACUAAUUCACCUCCCACUCAGUCACGGGGCAGCAGUUGUUCUGUAGCAAACCACUAACUACUCAAUACACACUCUUUGAUGCAUAUAUUCUGCAUAUAUUCCUGGGCUGCACUGUGAGCCUUAUCGUCACUUUUAACUGUACUAUAACAGGCUUCUCUCAGCACAUUGCAUUAAGGAAAUGUCUAUGUGGUUAGCUUUGGUGAAGGUAGCUUAUUAUGCUGCAGUUUUUCCAAAAGCCAGCACAAAACUUGACUUGCAAUAAUAUUUUCUGUCUUACAAUAUAAGCGGUAAGCCAGUCAUUUAUUGUUGUCUUUGCAUCAUGGCAGCCCUAGUAACAAUGGCAUCUUGGAGUAUCAUUGCAUCAGAAUUGCAUCUGUUUCUUGACUCCAGUUAACUUCGGUAUACUCAUAAUGCUAAAAAAAAAAAAAAAGUAAAAAUAGGAAUCUGGAACUAUACAUGGAUAGUUUCGAAAACACUCCACCCAGCCAAAUUC